UUGAGUUUAUCUAAAAUCCCAACUUGUACUGUGGAUGCUUCUUGCCGUAAUAGUCCUGCUACACAAGUGGAAAACAAUAUUUUAACAGAACAACUGCGGAGUGAUUCUGGUUCUAGCCAGCUAGUCAGGCCACUGAUGAAACUAUCAGACUCGGGAUUUACUAAGAAAAAGAGAACAUUUGUUUACACUGCUAAGGCUUCAAAACCGCAAGUUCAAGGAAAAGAAACCCAGUCUCAGAAGAUGGACUCAUCAGGGAUUCCAGAUUCUGGACAAGAAGUUGAUAAGAAGCAGUUGGGGAAGGCCAUCGAUGAAGCAGACUGUUGCACUCUCGGGAAGCAUGAGAUGCAAAAACAGGGAAAUUUCGCUGAAGAUAAUCUACCUCCCUCUGUACAAGCAAAAGCCCAGGAUCUUGAAAUGUCGCAGCUUUGCAAAGAAUUUGCACAAGACUUCAGUCAAAUGCCGUACCCCGGCAAACUGAGUAAAGAAGCAGAGGAUACUCCUCAACAUGACUUUUCUCCAUCAGCUUGUCUGUCAGCCUUGAAAAGAGCUAAGCAGAAAGCAAUGCAAGCAAACCUUCACUAUGCCUGUAAUGGCGUCAGUGACAGUGGAUUCCAGUCUGCUGUUGCAGAUAGCACUCACAUGACUGCAUCAUCAUUUGUUCUUCCCAGCUCUGAGAUAAAUAGUCAAAGUCAACAAAGGCCUGGCUUUGAAACUGAUAUCCACAGGAUUCCUCCUUUCACAUCUGCAAAUAAAAGAAAUGGCCGAGCACAUUUGGAUGAUCUUUUACAAGAAGCUGAAACGGAUGCCAAGCUGUCGACUGCAAUCAAGGAAAGCCAGACACUGGGCCCUUUCAGAGAGAUUAAGUCGCGUAUAGUAAGCCCAUCAGCACAACAGCCCAGCAGUGGAAAAGGAACUUGCGAUAACAUUAAUUGCAUUGUACUUAAUUGUCACGCUCAUGGCAGUCUGCCAGAGAAAACGACAGUUUCUCUUCCUUUCAUCCAUGCAUCAGGAUUCAAAACAGCUUCAGAUAGGGGUAUACACAUUUCCUCUGCCAACCUGCAGAGAGCCAAUUGUCUUUUUGAAGAGGCUGAGGGGGAAAGCACUUUAAGUGACCAGCCCAUCAAGUGUACCCAUGACACUAAGGAUGAAAUGAGUCGUGGAUCAGUGAAAAAUCCAUCUAACUCUAACCAGCCACCCUCUUUAAGUGCAAAACAUGUGGAUACCAGUGGCCUGUUAACAGCUUCACAAAAAGCUGAUGUGACUGAGCUGUGCACGCUCUUGGAAGAAGCAGAUAGCCAGUUUGAAUUUACACAGUUUAAAACUGCAAAGCUAAAACAACAUUGUGAGGACAAUGCCACCUCUCCCCAACAAGUUGACAAAGAACUUGACCUGGAUUUUCUUUCGGGUAUAGAUUUUGAUGACAGUUUUAGUUCUGAAGCUGAAAAGCACCUGGCAGUAACUGUGAGGCACGACAAAAUGACCGUAGUUUCAGAUGGUAAAACAAAUUGUGAAACAUCUGAUGUCACAAGUAAAUCCACAGCGUUGUCAUCGUCAAGUGCAAUUAAAAAUGAAAAUUCCUCGACUGAAGUUACGUUUUCCUCUGAAGGCAGUAGCCGUAUUCUGUCAAGCCGAACCCAAAGCUGUGCACACAGAAACAAGCAAGCUGGAGAGCCAACAUCCUUUUCGUGGUGUGGGAUUUAAGACUGCAGGAGGAAAUGUUUUGAGAGUUUCAAAAAAGUGUCUAAGCAAAGCUAGAGCUUUGUUUUUAGAUUUAGAGGAGAAUCUUGUGACUGGUAAAGAACCACCGGACAAGCAAAGAAGCAGAACUGAAGC